GCAUGCGAAGUUUGAUAGGCUUCGCACCGCAGAGGUUGUUCAUUGAGGCAAUACGUCGAACACCUUGUGGCAUUGAAACCCAUCUUCAUCUUAAGCUGAAUUUGAAAUUGUUGUGCACCCAACCACCACAAAACCAGGAGUGCCUGUCUUUGAGAAUCGAGAAGCUUCCCAAAGGAGAAUCUGUUGGGUCUGCUUUCCGUAGUUGGAUGGGAGAUGGUUUCCCUGUUCACGGCGGUGACGUCUUUCACGCCAUUAACCGUCUCAGGAAGCUCAAGAUGAACAAACGCGCACUUGAGGUGAUGGAAUGGGUGAUCAGGGAGAAACCCUAUAGACCUAGAGAACUGGAUUACUCUUAUCUUGUGGAAUUUACAACUAAGUUUCAUGGGAUUUCACAUGGGGAGAAGCUCUUGACUCGUGUUCCUCGUGAAUUUCAGAAUGAGUUGCUCUACAACAAUCUAGUGAUUGCAUGUUUGGAUAAAGGUGUCGUAAGACUUUCACUUGAGUACAUGAAAAAAAUGAGGGAAUUGGGUUAUCCCAUCUCGCAUUUGGUUUUCAACCGCCUCAUAAUUCUGCAUUCAUCACCUAGCCGCAAGAAGAUGAUACCCAAAUUACUCACCCAAAUGAAGGCUGAUAAGGUCACCCCACAUGUGUCCACCUUCAACAUUUUGAUGAAAAUAGAAGCCAAUGAACAUAAUCUUGAAAAUUUGGUGAAGGUCUUCAGUAAUAUGAAACGAGCACAGGUUGAACCAAAUGAAAUAUCUUACUGCAUUUUAGCUACUUCACAUGCAGUGGCCAGGUUAUAUACUGCAACUGAAGCAUAUGUUGAAUCUGUGGAGAAGUCUAUUACAGGGAAUAACUGGUCAACAUUGGAUGUCCUGCUUAUAUUGUAUGGGUAUCUAGGGAACCAAAAGGAGCUGGAAAGAAUUUGGGGCAUCAUUCAAGAACUCCCCUUUGUUAGAUCUAAAAGUUAUAUGUUAGCCAUUGAAGCACUUGGUAGAAUUGGACAGCUAAACCGAGCUGAAGAACUUUGGUUAGAUAUGAAAUCAACAAAAGGAUUGAAAUCUAUAGAGCAAUUCAAUUCUAUGAUAUCUGUAUAUUGCAAACAUGGAUUUGUAAACAAAGCAUCUAGACUGUACAAAAACAUUAAGACAAACGGGUGCAAACCGAAUGCCAUAACUUUUCGUCAUCUUGCUCUGGGCUGCUUGAAAUCAGGUAUGACAGAGCAAGCUUUGAAGACAUUAGACUUGGGCAUGCGUUUGAAACUUAGCAAGAGUGUUAGAAAUUCAACCCCAUGGUUGGAGACCACUCUUUCAAUUGUUGAGAUUUUUGCUGAGAAUGGUGAUGUGGGAAAUGUUGAGAGAUUGUUUGAAGAAUUUCAUAAAGCUAAGUAUUGUAGGUAUACUUUUGUAUAUAAUACCUUGAUUAAGGCUUAUGUAAAAGCUAAGAUUUAUGAUCCAAAUCUUUUGAGAAGGAUGAUUCUUGGAGGAGCUAGGCCAGACGCUGAAACUUACAGUCUUUUGAAAGUUGCUGAACAGUUUCGGACCUGAUUUUGAUUGAUAAUUUUUGACAAAUUUUGUGUACCUUUAGAGAACAUCUACCAUUGCUUCUGGAAGCUCCUUUUGUUUGCAUUUACCACUGAUAAGGUAAAGAUGCUGAGAGUAUAAAUGUUGAUUUGCAUCUCCAGCUUCAGCCACACUACUAGAUAAAUUCUGAGAUGAACUGGGCUCAUUUAUUAGUUAGAUGAAAUUUAUGGAUGUGUAAAAUAGCAUUUUUGUAA